AUGGAUGAGGUUAUAUCAGCUGAGUUACCGGAUCUAGUUAGAUUUCCAAAGUUGUAUAGUGUUGUUACUAAAUAUAUGAUUCAUGGUCCUUGUGGUUUUGAUAAAGAUGGUUAUCCAAUAUAUAGAAGGCGAAAUAUGGGGAUUACUUAUAAAAUAAAUGGUGUGGAUGUGGAUAAUCGAUUUGUUGUUCCUUAUAAUCCUAUGCUCCUUAUGAAAUAUCGAGCUCAUAUCAAUUUGGAGUUUUGUAACAAGUCAAAUGUCAUCAAGUAUUUGUUUAAAUACAUAAACAAGGGGCCAGACCGCGUCACUGCGUCAAUUAGAAAUGUACAAACUCAGGAAAAUGGUGGUCAAGAUGUUGAUGAGAUUAAGCAAUUCUAUGAUUGUCGCUAUCUAGCACCUUGGGAAUCUGCUUGGAGACUAUUUGCAUUUGAUAUUCAUUAUAAGUGGCCAUCUGUUCAGCGGUUGAUAUUCCAUUUGCCUGAAAAGCAGAAUCUAUUAUUCGCUGAUCAUGAUAAGAUUCCCGAAAUUGUUGAGAAAAAUAAGUAUAAGGAUACAAUGUUUACUGCGUGGAUGCGAGCUAAUCUUAAGUUCCCGCAUGGUAAUAAGUUAUUAUAUUCUGAAUUUCCAAAUCAUUUUGUUUACUUGCGUGAUUCUCAAGCAUGGGUUCCAAGGCAGAGAGGGUUCUCAAUUGGAAGGCUAACUUUUAUCCAUGUUGGUUCGGGUGAGAUAUUUUAUCUGCGUUUGCUGCUCAAUGUUCAAAGGGGUUGUAAAAGUUUUGAAAGCAUUCGUACUGUUGAUGGUGUUGUAUAUGAUUCUUUCAAGGCUGCGUGCAAUGCUCUUGGUUUAUUGAGUGAUGAUCAGGAGUUCAUUAAUGCUAUUAAAGAAACUGCAGAAUUCUCAUCUGGUUUUCAGUUGCGUCAGUUGUUUGUUACAUUGUUAGCAUCUAAUUCAAUGAACAAACCAGAGUUGGUUUGGAGAGACACUUGGCGAUUGUUAGCGGACGACAUUUUAUAUUAUAGAAGACGGGAGUUGCAAUUGCAAGAGCUCAUGAUGACAGAAGAGGAACUUCAAGUUCUUUGUUUGAUUGAAGUUGAAAAAUUAUUGCAAAUGAAUGGCAGAAGCUUGAAAGAUUAUUCCCAAAUGCCUUUUCCUAAUCAGGAUUUGGUUUCCCAUUUUUCAAGUUCUAUGAUUUUGAAUGAGAUGAAUUAUGAUGUAGAUCAACUUCGAGAAGAACAUGAUGUAAAUUUGGACAAAUUGACAGAUGAGCAAAAACUGAUCUAUGAGAGAAUAAUUGAUACAGUUACCAAUAAAAGACCUGGAUUCUUUUUUGUGUAUGGAUUUGGUGGAACUGGAAAAACAUUUCUGUGGAGAUUAUUGUCUUUCCGUCUUCGAUCAGAAUGGAGAAUUGUUUUAAAUGUUGUUUCUAGUGGUAUUGCAUCUUUAUUGCUCCCUAAUGGGAGGACUGCACACUCAUUAUUUUGCAUCCCCAUUGAGCUGAAUGAGGAAUCUGUUUGUAGUAUUAAGAAAGAUAGUCAGCGAGCGGAACUCAUCCGUCGUGCUUCUCUAAUAAUAUGGGAUGAGGCACCCAUGACGAACAAGUUGGCAUUUGAAGCGCUUGAUAGAACUUUCCGUGACCUAAUGAGUUCAAAUGUUGCUUCGGCUCGUGAUAUUCCGUUUGGUGGAAAAGUUAUUGUUCUUGGUGGUGAUUUUAGACAAGUGUUGCCAGUUAUUCCGAAAGCAACUCGUGCUGAAAUAGUUAUGGCUUCAAUUAAUUCGUCAAUUCUUUGGAAGCAUUGUAAUGUUAUGUGGUUGACAAAAAAUCUUAGGUUGGGAAAAAACUCUGUUUUGUCAAAUUUGGAUGAAAUAAAAGAAUUCUCAGACUGGAUUUUAAAGAUUGGUGAAGGUUCUUGUGGGAAUCAAAAGGAGGAUGAAAUAAUUGUUGAUAUUCCAAGUGAUUUACUUAUUCCGCCAACUGACAAUCCUAUUCAGGAUAUUGUUUCAGCGAUAUAUUCAAAUAUUCAUGAUAACUAUGGUAAUAUAAAUGACUUUGUUGUUGACAGUUUUCCUGGUCCUGAGAAGGUUUAUUUGAGUUCUGACUCUAUUUGUAGUAGUGAUUGUCAAGGUGCGAUUGACACUGAUUGGUUGACAACUGAGUUUUUGAACCAGAUUACAUGUUCUGGGAUACCAAAACAUGCUCUUAAAUUGAAGAAAGGUGUUCCCAUUAUUUUGUUACGAAACAUAGAUCAAGCAAAUGGAUUGUGUAAUGGAACUCGACUCAUUGUUCAAGAUCUUGGAGAGAACAUUAUUGGGGUUGAAAUUGUGUCUGGAAGUAACAUUGGUGACAAAGUUUUUAUUCCUCGGAUGAAUUUAAUACCCAGUUAUCCUGGAAUCCCGUUUAAAUUUCAGCGUAGACAGUUUCCAGUUAGUCUUUGUUUUGCAAUGACUAUUAAUAAGAGUCAAGGGCAAACAUUAGCCCUGGUCGGUAUAUAUCUUCGAAGAGCAGUUUUUUCUCAUGGUCAGUUGUAUGUUGCAAUAUCCAGAGUGACAACAAGGUCAGGAUUGAAGAUAUUAUUAUCUAAUGAAGAUGAUGAAAUGUGUAACCUCACAUCAAAUGUUGUUUACAAAGAAGUUUUUCAAAAAAUAUAA